CCGGAGAGGACCGUGCGGAAUAAGAGACUCCCCCCCCCGUCCCCGGUGGAUGUGGACACUUGAUCCGCGGACAUGGAGAAGAUAGUGAAUUUAUCCGUUUCUCUGCUCCUGGUUUUAUGGGGAUGCGCGCUCGGAGGCUCGCCCAGCGUGCAGAUCGGGGGACUUUUUCCAAGGGGCGCGGAUCAAGAGUACAGCGCGUUUCGGAUAGGAAUGGUUCAGUUUGGCACCUCGGAAUUCAGGCUGACGCCUCACAUCGACAAUCUGGAAGUGGCCAACAGUUUCGCUGUGACCAAUUGUUUCUGCUCGCAGUUCUCCAGAGGAGUCUACGCCAUCUUCGGAUUCUACGACAAGAAGUCCGUCAACACCAUCACGUCGUUCUGCGGGACGCUGCACGUCUCCUUCAUCACGCCCAGCUUCCCCCUGGACGGGAACCAGCAGUUCAUCAUCCAGAUGCGGCCCGACAUCAAGGGGCCGCUGCUCAGCCUCAUCGAGUACUACAAGUGGGACAAGUUCGCGUAUCUGUACGACAGCGAUCGAGGUUUGACGACGCUGCAGGUCGUUCUGGACACGGCUGCAGAGAAGAAGUGGCAGGUGACGGCCAUCAACGUGGGGAACCUGAAAGAUGAGAGGAAGGACGAGGCGUACCGCUCGCUGUUCCAGGACCUGGAAAACAAAAAGGAGAAGAGGGUGAUCCUGGACUGUGAGCAGGACAAAGUGAAGGACAUCAUGGAACAGGUCAUCACGAUUGGCAGACACGUUAAAGGCUACCACUACAUCAUCGCUAAUCUGGGCUUCGUGGAUGGCGACCUGUCUAAAAUCCAGUACGGCGGAGCCAACGUGUCCGGCUUUCAGAUCGUGGACUUCGACGAUCCUCUGGUUUCUAAAUUCGACCAGAGAUGGGAGGCCCUGGAGGAGAAGGAGUAUCCAGGCGCUGACAGCAAAAUCAGGUACACGUCGGCCCUGACCUACGACGCCGUGCAGGUGAUGACCGAGGCCUUCCGCUACCUGCACAAGCAGCGCAUCGACUUCACCAGGAGGGCCAACACCGGCGACUGCCUGGCCAACCCGGCCGUGCCCUGGGCUCAGGGGGUGGAGAUCGAGCGGGCGCUCAAACAGGUGCGAGUUGAAGGUCUGACAGGAAACAUCCAGUUUGACCAGCAUGGCAAAAGAGUGAACUACUCAGUGAACGUCAUGGAGCUGAAGAGUAACGGACCGGUGAAGAUCGGCUACUGGAACGAGGUGGAUAAAAUGGCAGUCACCAAAUCUGACGUCUUCUCAAACGACACGACCGGAAUGGAAAACAAAACCGUCAUCGUCACCACCAUCUUGGAAGCCCCGUAUGUGAUGAUGAAGAAGAACGCCAACCUCUUUGUGGAUAACGAGCGCUACGAGGGCUACUGCGUGGAUCUGGCUGCAGAGAUAGCCAAACACUGCGGCUUCAAAUACCAGCUGAAGAUCGUGGGAGACGGGAAGUACGGAGCCAGAGACGCCGAGACCAAGAUCUGGAACGGGAUGGUGGGAGAGUUGGUGUACGGGAAAGCCGACAUCGCCGUGGCCCCGCUGACCAUCACUCUGGUCCGGGAGGAAGUGAUCGACUUCUCCAAACCCUUCAUGUCUCUGGGAAUCUCCAUCAUGAUCAAGAAGCCUCAGAAAUCCAAGCCGGGGGUCUUCUCCUUCCUGGACCCGCUGGCCUACGAGAUCUGGAUGUGCAUCGUCUUUGCCUACAUCGGCGUCAGCGUGGUGCUGUUCCUGGUCAGCCGCUUCAGCCCCUACGAGUGGCACACCGAGGAGUACGAGGACGGCCAGAUCCAGACCAACGAGUCCACCAACGAGUUCGGCAUAUUCAACAGCCUGUGGUUCUCCCUGGGAGCCUUCAUGCGGCAGGGCUGCGACAUCUCACCCAGAUCUCUGUCCGGGCGUAUCGUCGGUGGAGUUUGGUGGUUCUUCACUCUGAUCAUCAUCUCCUCCUACACGGCCAACCUGGCUGCCUUCCUGACUGUGGAGAGGAUGGUUUCCCCCAUUGAGAGCGCAGAGGACCUGGCCAAACAAACCGAGAUCGCUUACGGCACUCUGGACUCCGGUUCCACCAAAGAGUUUUUCAGGCGCUCAAAGAUCGCCCUCUUUGACAAAAUGUGGACGUACAUGCGCAGCGCCGAGCCCUCGGUGUUCGUGAAGACCACCGCCGAGGGCGUCCUGAGGGUCCGCAAGUCCAAGGGCAAGUACGCCUACCUGCUGGAGUCCACCAUGAACGAGUACAUCGAGCAGAGAAAGCCCUGCGACACCAUGAAGGUUGGAGGAAACCUCGACUCCAAAGGCUACGGGAUCGCCACGCCCAAAGGAUCCUCAUUAAGAAAUGCGGUUAACCUCGCAGUACUAAAACUGAAUGAGCAAGGCCUGUUGGACAAAUUGAAAAACAAAUGGUGGUACGACAAAGGAGAGUGCGGCAGCGGGGGAGGUGAUUCCAAGGAGAAGACGAGCGCCCUCAGCCUGAGCAACGUGGCUGGGGUCUUCUACAUUCUGGUCGGAGGACUCGGUCUGGCCAUGCUGGUGGCCUUGAUCGAGUUCUGUUACAAGUCCCGAGCCGAGGCGAAGCGAAUGAAGAUGACCUUUGGGGACGCCAUGAGGAAUAAAGCAAGACUUUCUGUCACAGGGAGUACUGGGGAGAAUGGUCGGGUGAUGACUCCAGAGUUUCCUAAAGCUGUCCACGCUGUCCCGUACGUGAGACCAGACAUGGGACUGAACGUCAGCCUGACUGAUCUGUCCUGAUCACUGAGAAACUUCUGAGUGCCUUACAAUGGUUUCCAUCCAGAGAUUCUUUCUUUUUUUUUGGGUUUUC